GCAACUCAAACUUCCUGUUCAUUGUUGUUGUGCUCAGUGUUAAGUGAAAGCAAGACAUGAGAAGAUCAUCAGUGAAGCAGCCAGAACAUUAGGACCCGUUUUUAGAGAGGAAGAGGAUGGACAGGUUUGUGGUGAAGAUCCCUAAGCAGGCUGGAGGACAGCAGCAGGGAGGGAAACCUGCAGAGAAGGUGUACAGACAGGCCACUCUGGAGUCUCUGAAGAGGGUGGUGGUGAUUGAGGACAUUGAGAGGUUUAAGGCCAUGCUGGAACUUCCUGCUCAGACUAAGGAGAACAUGCUGAUGGCUCUGAGGGAGCUGGACAAGAAAGUGCCUUCAAAAGAGGUGCUGAGAUCCACCAGAAUUGGUCACACGGUUAAUAACGUGCGUAAGCAGCAUCCGGACGCUGAGGUGAAGGCUCUGGCGCGGGAAGUCUACACACACUGGAGAACCUUCAUCGCGGAGAACGCCAACAAACCCUCUAUAGAGGUCCGCAGUGAUAAACAGACUGAGGGGCUCCGGAGCAACGCGGUCAAACUCCUCGCUGACAGCAUCGGACCGGAGGUCAGUGAUGGGCUGGUGGAGAACAUGGAGAGGGAGGUGUUUCAUCAGUCCUCUCGUCUGAUUAACGUGGUUUAUAGAAGAACUAUCAGAGCGCUGGUCUUCGCUCUGAAGCACAAACCGGACGUCCGAGCACAAGUGAGGGACGGGACACUCCCUGUCAACACGUUCGUGAGCAAUCACAAGAAGAAACAGUGACUCCUACCAUCUUACUUAUUUUAUUUUAAUUUUAUGUGAAACUUUUUAUACUGUAUGAUUUUUAAAUGCUAUGGUCCAAUCCCAUUUCACCCCUGAUCCACCACCCCUCUGUUUUGUGUGUGCUAGAGGUGUCCUGAUUCUUGUUAGGCUGCAGGGGUAGGUUAGGGUUAGGGGAAGGUAUAGGUAUAGGGCUUGUUAUCCUUCAUACAGAGAUUUUUCAGAAUCACUGGUAAGAAACCCACAAAUGUAAAUAUUUUCCAAGCUAAAAGUGACGAUUAGCACUAUUUUACCAUAGUUUAAUGAGUAGUUUCAAUGUUUUAAGGCCAAAUUCUUCAUAAAAAAGGAUUAAAAGGUCGCUAAUAGUUUGUAUCAGUAGCUAGCUAGCUAGCUAACUUUCCCAUUCCACCUUAAAUGGUGCAACAGACAGCAGGGGCUGCAUCAUUUAAGGUGGAACGGAAAAAUAAAACAAAAUAAAAGAUAUUCAAAGCAAAUUUCAGCUCCCCAUCACAGAGGAAUUAAGGAAUGGACAGUAAUAAAUCAUUUCUGCAUCAUCUCUCACCUUUCUGAAGACAAACGAUAAAAUACACCCUAACGUUAACUAGUUAAUCAGCAGCAGCAGUUAGGUUGCUGAACUUUAGCGCUCCUGAUGGUUUUCCCAAUUCUUAGGGGGAGGAUUUUACCCCUUCUUCUUCUAACUCUGUUCCAAAAGGAAGG